GAAAGGGUUUAAUCGUCAACUUACUCGAUCAUUUUUAUCCUUCCUUACUGUUUCGAUAUAAAUUUUCCUAAAUAAUUUUUUGGUCGGAGAAAAUAAAAUCACAGAGAAGAAAAAGGGGAAAAAAAAGAAAAAAAAUCCACGACGUAAUUUAUUUAGAUGUAUAUGACCACCGUCUCUCCCCUCUCAUAGGUUCAGUUUGGCUCAUAAAUUAGGUUUUCUUUUUCAUUAGAUCUUGUCUCUGAAAUCAUCAAAUCUCAAAUCUGUACUCUUAGAUCUUCUCUUAUUUAAUCUCGCCAUCACUGAAUUUUGAUUUCUUCUAAGGUUGUGGAGGAUAACAUGUCCCAGUACGACGAUAUGGACUACGUGGGAGAUGAUUACGAAAUGGCUGAUGCAGAAGAUGACAUGGAUGAAGAAUUCCACGGUAGAGGUUUGGGUGAUUCCGAGUCUGAUGAGGAUGAGGAUGACCAAUUGACUAAUAAAAUAACGGAUACUUCGGCUGCCCAAGCAAGGAAAGGAAAAGAUAUCCAGGGAAUUCCUUGGGAGAGAUUAAGCAUUACUCGAGAGAAGUACAGACAAACUAGAUUAGAACAGUACAAAAAUUAUGAGAAUAUCCCGAAUUCAGGAGAGGGUUGUGAAAAGGAAUGCAAACCCACAGAGAAAGAUGCAAAGUAUUAUGAGUUCCGGCGUAAUACAAGAUCUGUAAAAUCAACAAUUCUUCAUUUUCAGUUAAGGAAUUUGGUCUGGGCUACAUCGAAGCACGAUGUUUACCUUAUGUCAAACUUUCAAGUUAUUCAUUGGUCUUCCUUAACUCUCACUAAAACAGAUGCCUUGGACGUUUCAGGACACGUGGUUCCAUGCGAGAAACAUCCAGGAAGCUUGUUAGAAGGAUUUACUCAGACCCAAGUUAGCACGUUGGCCGUAAAAGAUAAUUUGCUGGUGGCUGGGGGAUUUCAAGGGGAACUCAUAUGCAAGUAUUUAGAUAGACCAGGAGUCAGCUUUUGUUCCAGAACAACUUAUGAUGAUAACGCGAUCACUAAUGCUGUUGAGAUUUAUGAUAGUACUAGUGGUGCUGUUCACUUUACAGCUUCAAACAAUGACUGUGGAGUUAGAGACUUUGAUAUGGAAAAAUUCCAGCUUUCUAAGCAUUUCCGCUUUCCUUGGCCAGUAAAUCAUACGUCACUAGGACCAGAUGGCAAGCAACUUGUCAUUGUUGGGGACAACCCAGAGGGUUUACUGGUGGAUUCUCGAAGUGGAAAGACUAUUAGUGACCUUCGUGGGCACUUGGAUUAUUCAUUUGCAUCGGCAUGGCACCCAGAUGGUCGAACCUUCGCCACUGGAAACCAAGAUAAAACUUGUCGUGUGUGGGACACCCGAAACCUUUCCAAAUCGGUUUGCGUCCUUAAAGGCAACCUUGGAGCUGCUCGAUCAAUUCGUUUCACGUCUGAUGGGAAGUUUAUGGCAACAGCAGAGCCUGCAGAUUUUGUGCAUGUGUAUGAUGUCUCAAAUGGGUAUGAGAAGCAGCAGGAAAUCGACUUUUUUGGCGAAAUUUCUGGAAUAUCCUUCAGCCCGGAUACUGAAUCACUCUUCAUUGGCGUCUGGGAUCGCACAUAUGGUAGCCUUCUUGAAUACAGCCGGUACCGUGAUUAUUCAUAUCUCGACUCUUUAAUAUGAACGAUGUUGCAAGUCCAAUGGCAAAAUACUUGGCACGGGAUAAUCACAUCUUAUGUUAGCUAGUAGAUGAUAGAUGAUAGAUGUUUCUGGACUAGUACUGGUUGUUUCUUGGUUUUUCCAACGUCUUAAUAAUGCCAGAUAUUAGCAUAGGGAGAAGGGUGUGUGCAUCGGUAACUAUUAUCUACAAUGAUGUAUAAAUGGCGAGGGGGGUUAUGUACAGAGAAACUAUAUAAAUUGGUGAGGUGAAGAUUAGAACUAGAAAGGUUUGAGCAAAGAAGAAAGCAGCUCGUUUUCUUGCAGUGCAGGGAGACCAUGCUGAAUGGUUUAGCUUCGGCUGUUGGUGUAAUGUGAUGUACUUUUUCUGUUGAAUGUUUUGCUUGCGAUUGUUCGGGUACCAUAUCUCAUGGAUGCAGUGGUUAUGUUCCUUCUUUCCCGGUUAUUUGUUAUGUAACAUUUGGUACCGUAAAAGUGAUGCUACCACAGUUUUAUUCCAUUUUUAUAUGUUAAGCAGAUGUCUUACAAGUGUAUCAUGUCGAGUAAUUCUGUUGUGUUCGUGAACAUUCGGUUCCGUAAAAGUAUGACUAGGAUGGGCAAUUACUUGUUGUAUAGAGACAAUCUUGAUUAAUGAAGCAAGGUCGCUGAGAAUCAACAGGAGCCAAAAUGGGGUUCUUUUUUUCA